CAGGAGCGAUGGCGGCGCCGUAUGGAUUGUUUUGAGUAGAGUUGUACUGAGCUUUUUUAGAGCUUCUUCUGGAUCCCAAAUGUAUGGAGCGUAAGGACCGUCUCGGGUCGCAAGUGAUAUAUGCUGGACUAAAGCACUUCGGGAAAAGAUUUACGAAAGAGUUUUGGCUCAACCUAAAUGCCACAAGUUCCGAAGUGUCAGUGCGGCCAAUGGAUUGCGAGGACGGAGGGGGUGAGGGGUGAGAAAGCGAUAAAAGUGUGUAAAUUAAGAUCUGUUUCAGAAACAUCCCGAAGAGUGAAGUCAGUGAAGUGUAAAACCGCUUUCGGAUGUAUGCGUUGUUGUUUUUUGUGUACGUAGACCUAAGAUCAUUUUUGUGCAGGUGUCUAGUUACACGUUUGUAUCAGAAACUACACUGCUAAUUCACUAGCGAGCUCAGUCGGUGGUAUAAAAUAUGUUUGCAUUAUUUGCUUCUUUUUAUCCGAGCGGAGAGACGAGACGUUUUCCAGCCUAUGCAUUCGUUAUUUGCGAUCAAGCUGGUGAAAGUUAGAAAACUAACUUUUAAAGUUCGUAAAUGAAAUAAUUGAAGAAACACUGUGUAAUGUCAGAUUGGUUACGCGGUUGUGAAGUAACGCGUAGCCUCGAGAGCAGGACUUUGGAAUGCUACGGAACUAAAGUGGAGCAGCGACCUGUUGCCAGUAGAGUUGGCAAAAAUCGAAGCUGUAACUAAAUUCAUAGCGUUAGCCUCACGAUCCAUUAAAUUGUUUUGUUUGUAGAGAUACUUAAGUACGCUGAUAAGCUUUUUAUUUAGUCAGCUUUCGGGUUUCAUUAACAUAAUUACAAGCGUGAUCCCAGCUUCGUGGUAUUUUUGCGGUAGUUCUUGCACCCACUACCAAGCACCUUAUGGUGCGGCUGCAGGGACCGAGACAUGGAUGUUUCCCAGGCCGGUUUCCCAAACGGUGAAAGGCGGCCGAGCAGGAACGGUGACCAUGCCUGGACCGGGUCGCCCUUGGCCGGUUCCGGGGCUCACUCGGCUCCGCUGUGCUCCCGUUCGUUGUGGACUGCAGUGUUUGAUUACGAAGCGAGCGGGGAGGACGAGCUUAGCCUACGCCGCGGGGACGUGGUCGAGGUCCUGUCUAAAGAUGCUGCCAUCUCCGGGGACGAAGGGUGGUGGACGGGAAAAAUUAACCACCGAGUCGGAAUUUUCCCUUCCAAUUACGUUACCUACCAGCCGGCCAUUUAUCACAGACUGCCCGCCGGCGGCGCGGUAGGGGUGCGGGAGACUGGCCCGAGGUCUCCCGUGCAAAUCGCCUUCAGCGAACUGGUUUUGGAAGAAAUCAUCGGCGUCGGUGGUUUUGGUAAAGUUUACAGGGGGACAUGGAAGGACCAGGAAGUAGCAGUUAAGGCAGCUAGACAGGAUCCUGACGAAGACAUCACAGCGACUGCGGAGAGCGUUAAGCAAGAGGCCAAACUCUUCUCCAUGCUGCAACAUCCAAAUAUCAUAAAACUGCAAGGGGUCUGUCUGGAGGAACCGAACCUCUGCUUGGUUAUGGAGUACGCCAGAGGGGGCACCUUGAAUCGGGCUCUGACGGGUAGAAGGAUACCCCCUCACAUUCUUGUGAACUGGGCUGUACAGAUCGCCAGAGGCAUGCACUACCUUCACGAAGAAGCCGUCGUGCCAAUUAUUCAUCGAGACUUGAAAUCCAGCAACAUAUUAUUACUUGAAAAGAUUGAGAACGAUGACAUUGGGAAGAAGACGUUAAAGAUCACAGACUUCGGCCUGGCAAGAGAGUGGCACAAGACAACCAAAAUGAGCGCCGCCGGCACCUACUCCUGGAUGGCCCCCGAGGUCAUCAAGUCCUCUCUGUUCUCCAAAGGCAGUGAUGUGUGGAGCUACGGCGUGCUGCUUUGGGAGCUGCUGACGGGGGAGGUGCCGUACCGGGGAAUCGACGGCCUGGCGGUGGCAUACGGCGUGGCGGUCAACAAGUUAACCCUUCCCAUUCCAUCUACCUGCCCCGAACCCUUCGCCAAGCUGAUGGAAGAAUGCUGGGAGCAGGACCCCCACAUCCGGCCCUCCUUCACUGCCAUCCUGGAGCAGCUGACAGCCAUCGAGGAGGCGGUGAUGGCCACCAUGCCCCAGGACUCCUUCCACUCUAUGCAGGACGACUGGAAGCUGGAGAUCCAGGAGAUGUUCGACGAGCUGCGGACCAAGGAGAAGGAGCUGCGCUCGCGGGAGGAGGAGCUGACGCGCGCGGCGUUGCAGCAGAAGUCGCAGGAGGAGCUGCUGAAGAGGCGGGAGCAGCAGCUGGCCGAGCGCGAGAUCAACGUGCUGGAGCGCGAGCUCAACAUCCUCAUCUUCCAGCUCAACAAGGACAAGCCCAACGUCAAGAAGAGGAAGGGCAAGUUCAAGCGCAGCCGUCUCAAGCUGAAGGACGGCAACCGAAUCAGCCUGCCCUCAGAUUUCCAGCACAAGAUCACGGUGCAGGCGUCUCCCACCAUGGACAAGAGGAGGAGCCUGAACAGCAACAACUCCAGCCCCCCCGGCAGCCCCACCCUCAUCCCCCGUCUCCGAGCGAUACAGCUGAGCUCCCCCAGUGGCCGGAGGGGGAGUAUGUAUGUGUACCACCAGGACGUGGAUAUCACCAGCGAGUAUGAGCCCCCUGCUGGCUUUAGGAAGAAAGUGACCCUGGACGAGAGCAACAGGACAUGGGGCCGCAGCACCGUUUACAAGCCGGAGGAGUUCGAGGACGUCAGGAAGGGCUUCAAGAAGAAGGGGCGCACGUGGGGCCCCAAUUCGGUGCAGACGAAGGAGCGGGCCGACUGUGCAGAAAGGGUGAGACCCCUCUCUGAUGGCAGCAGCCCCUGGUCCACCAGCCUGGUGAAGACUCAGAAGUCGGUGCCACUGGCCGCCCUAUUCGCCGAGCAGGGAACAAAUCCAGACGAAACGUUCGCUGCCGAAGGCCCGGAGAGCAACAAACCAAAGCAACUGAAGUUCCCCAAUCAGGUGUACAUCGAUCUACCUCUGUGGAAGGACGAGCCGGGCGAGGGCGGGCCCGUGGCCGAGAGCCAGGAUGACCCCGCCACCUCCGCCAGCUCCACCAGCACCACGCCGCAGGUCACUCCCACCAACAGCCUGAAGAGGGCGGCAACGCGCCGGCGCACCGACUCGGUGCUGUACAGCUGCGGGGCGCUGCUGGCGUCGGUGGCGUUGGGCGUGGACCUGCGGGAGGCGCUGCGGGCGCCGGUGGCGGGGGCGGGGCCGGGGGGCGGUGAGGAGGUGGAGCCCCGGGAGGAGAGGAGGAAGCGGGAGGGGCUGUUCCAGCGCGCCACGCGGUUCCGACGCAGCACCAGCCCCCCCGGCGGCCGCUCCCGCAAAGACGACAUCCCCAACCCCAUCAACCUGCUGUCCAUGUGCUCCAUCUCCGAGUGCAACUCCUCCCGCUGCCUCCUGCAGUCCGACUCCGAGGGCCCCGAGCACAGCCCCAUCAAGGAGGCCCCGCCCACCAGCCUCGUUGACUACAGGCCGCACCCGAGCUGCCACGCCCCCUCUGCGCAGAGCAGCAGGCCUCCCACCAAGCCCGAGCCCCUCCCCCCGACCCCUGCCGCGGACCACAGCAGCACGGUGUGGCUCCGCAGGAAGAAGUCCUCUCCCGCCACAUAUCACAUGAGUAACGGUACUGCCAGCUCCCACAUACCCCCUCCAGUCCUCCCCUCAGCCACAGGCUCUGAGGUCACCCCGCCUCCACCGGCCUCCGUUCCGAGGCGGAGGCCAGACAGAGACCGCACCCCAGAAUCGCCCUCUCCCUCGCCCGGAGAGAGCACGUCCAGGCCCCGGCCCCUGUCCCUGCGCGCCAAGCCCCACUCCUGGGGCCUCCUGCGGGGCCGCAACAAGAGCUACUCCCUGGGGCACUACUCCGGGCAGAAGAGUGCCCGUGACCUGAGCAUCCUGCUGUCGGCCGAGGCCCAGGGCGGCUGCUCGCUGCUGGACGUGGACACCGAGGGUCAGAAGGGGGACUGCACCGUGCCGCUCUGCCGGAUCCAGAGCACGCCUGCACGGCCCUCCCUGUAUGAGCUGGAGAAGGAGUUCCUCUCCUGAGCGAGUUGCCUGCCCGCGGGGGGGCCCUCGCCCAGGACGCCGCCCACAGGGGCUCCAGCGGAAUCAACACCCCGACUCUGCUGUUUCAGCUGGAACUGGACCAACGCUGCCGAACUGCCUCCCCAGAGAGGGCGCCUGUCCUUUUUUUUUAUUUAUGCCUGUAUAUUUUGGUAGUUUAUUUAAUGUGAAAAGGAGUUUGUGUCCACUAGCGGCUUGGCAGUUAACGGGUGGGAAGGUGUUUCACGACGGACACAGCAGCCUGUGUUUUCGUUCAGCUCUACGGUAACACAAGCACCAGGCUGCAGUUUUUCCCUUUUUUUUGCCUUCACAAUGGAUUUUGGUUUCCAGUUUUGUAAUUGUGCACAAACAGUUCCUUAGGGUAUUAAAUGAAGACCUAAUGUUCUCCGUUUUUGUAUUUUUUUUUCCCUUCACUUUAAUAUGAUUUUGUGUUAUUCUCAUGAUCAAAAGGUAUUGGUGCGGUGUUGAUUUGUUUAUGUAAAAUUUGCAGCUACCACAGUGUUCCAAUUUUUUUUUUUGCCAGAGCAAGCUACAGCCAAGAUAAUAUCAAAUGCCUGUCUGACUUCCUCCAGGAAGUUAUGCAGUGGUUCGAGUAAAGUAGAGUAACAUGUUUGUUUUUGGUAGAAGUGAAAACGGCCCUACCAGCUGCUAUUGAUGACGGAGAGGCGCUGAAUGUGUAAACUCUACUGAGCGCGCAGUAGACCACAAGGCGUUGAGGAGGAGGGAGACUGGGGAGUGGGUGUCUGGAAGUGACCCGUUCAGUUUCAGAAGCCCGUCUCUGGUUGGUCAGUGCUGUUAGCUUAGCGCUGUCAUCUUCAAUUGGUCAUUGCUCUAACUUGAAUGAUCAUUUUCCGUGAUGGUCGUUGCUAAGCAUGCAAUCGGUCGGAUGAUCGCAUCAGAUACAGAAGUCCACAACAGGUGUUUUCCGGUCCCCAGCACCUUGUCCGCUUGUACCUUUUUUAAAUUGUAAAAUUGAGUAAUUUAACUAGAAUUUAUAUGUAACAGCAAUUUGCUAUAACCUUUUAUAGGAGAUUUCAAUAUUUUAUAGAGAUGAUUUCAAAGUGUUGAUGCUUUUGAUGACCCUGAAAGGAAAGAGAAGUUCAGUCUCCAUGUUUGCAGUGGUUGCACAUGUUGUGUGACCCUGCAGAUGCAGAGGUUUGGACUGAACGCGUGACUCUCUAACGCCAAAGUGCAGGCAAAGCUGUUCUGUCCUCUGGGUGAUCUCAUGUGCACUGUUAGAGGGAGAGAAGAUUCUCCUGUAUGUGUCCGGGAAAUACAGUGGUCCCCCCUUACCCACGUUUUCGGUUACCUGCAGUCAACCGUGGUCUGAAAAUAUUAAAUGGAAAAUUCCAGAAUUAAACAAUUCAAAAGUUCUAAAUUGCACGCUGUUCUGAGUAGCGUGAUGAAAUCUCUUGCCGUCCCACCCGGGACAGGAAUCGUCCCUUUGUCCAGCGUAUCCACGCUGUAUACACUACCCACCCGUUAGUCACUUGGUAGCCGUCUCGGUAUGUAUAGGGUUUGGUACUAUCCGCGGUUUCAGGCAUCCGCUGGGGGUCUUGGAACAUAUCCCCCGCGGAUAAGGGGGGACUACUGUAUGUGGCCAUGGCAGAUACAGGGGCUCCUCUCCUCUCACUCUGAUUGCCAGUGUAGCCUUACGAGCAAACUGCUUUGCUCCACCUGUGCGUUUUGAUUGACACAUUUGGCGACAAAUCAUAUUGUGCCCUUGAGUUCAGCGGUGAAGCUCAAGUGUCUUCCCGCCUCCUCCCCAAAGUCCAUGUGUUACUGACAGGAUUUUCAGAUGUGACGCAGCAGUGACAUGCAAAUUUUUUUGGAACAUCUGUGUCUUGUCAUUAAUCUGUAAUUCAACCAAACGUUUACCACAUGCCGAGGCAGGCAUAUAAAACAAGGCUUGACACAUGUUAAAUUAAUCACAGUGCCAUAGAAGUUCUCCUCUAGACUAUGCAAAUUGCUGUUGCUCUUUCUUAUUCGUCACGACACCACAAUUUAUCUCCACACACAAGUCUUUGCACCAGUCUUGCUGCUGAAUUCUUGAAAUUUCCAUGACCUUUGAAUUUG